AUGGAUGGAGCAAUAAAACCACAAAGAAAAAAUAUCAUUACCAAUGCACUAAGUAUUCGUAGUACAUUGAAAUCCAAUGGAGACGGCCUACCAUCGCUUCAAGAAACACGGAAAGAAUUAGAAAGACGAGCUCAAGCUAGAGGAAUCAAAUCAAGACUAAAACAAGGGACCGAAUACCGGUCUCAUAAAUCACCUCAUGGGGGUAGUCAGCAAGCGCAGAGAUCCGUUAGAAAAUAUCAAUUGAGUAAAAUUUCUGACACGCUUCUUAAACCAUCUCAUUUACAACAAACUCAAUUGCAAAGCGUUAUGCCAUAUCACAUGAGCGAUGUUGAAAUGAGUCAAAUCUUACAGCAACAACAAUUAUUUAAUCAACACCUGAUGGAUAUGCACAAUCAACAGCAUGCUUUGCACGAUCAACAUUACGCUAUGGACAAUCAACAGCAUGCUUUGCACGAUCAACAUCACGCUGCGCACAAUCAACAGCAUGCUUUGCACGAUCAACAUCACGCUGCGCACAAUCAACAGCAUGCUUUGCACGAUCAACAUUACGCUAUGGACAAUCAACAGCAUACUUUGCACGAUCAACAUCACGCUAUGCACCAUCAUGGACGAGGAGGAUACGACACUCAUAAACAUGUUUCACAUAUUCAUGAUUUGAAUGAAGGAGAUGAUCAGAUUCAGCUUGCACGUUUAAUCAAUACUGAUCCAUAUAUUGCUGCAGCAAUGCAAGACUAUUGUACAUCACACAAGACGUGGCACACGAAAUUGAGACAUAGAUCAUCCUCUGGUCGAUCAACGAUGAGUAAUUCGACCAUCUGUAAGCAUCAGCAUAAACAUCAUUACCAACGAACAUAUUCGAAAUCAGUUUCACAAUCAUCCUUCGACACUUCUUCUGAUGAAUCCAUAACAAAGGUUAAUUACGCAUCUACCAAUAGUAUGUCAGAUUAUUUAUUUAGUGAAAUUCGAAGCAUUCGAAAACUGAUUGACAGAUACGUAGAUUCAAAAUUACACGCCCACCAUCAUCACGGUUAUCCAAAUUAUUUUCCAACGCCACAGCCGAUUUUCCAGUCAUUCCAAGGAUAUGCUCCACAUAAAAAUCCUUAUCUAUCUCCUUUGCGUCACAGGCAGCCUGAACUAAAUGUAAAACUGUCACAACGUUUAUCAAACACAACUUCGGAUGAACUACAUCAUGUUUAUUCUCAAAGUGCUGUGAAUAAAAUAAAAAAUGUUUCGACCAAACAAAAUAUCAAUCAACAAGAUCAGCUGUUGAAAUCAAGUGCAUAUUCUGAAAAAUCGAGAUUUCAUCUAUCAUCUUUACAGCAGCAGUGCUCAUCCGUUAUCAAGACACCAUCAAUACUUCCCUUAAAUCAACAAAGACAUCGACCAUCAACUCUAUCAGAAACUUUAGAUGAGUUGCGCUCUGCUGUCUCUCGACAACAAUCUAUCAAAAGAAGUAGUUCACAAAAUAGUCAGCGGUAUCAAACAUCGUCCACUUCUUCUUUGUCAUCGGCUACUCCUCGGUCAUCCCGCAACAUUUCAUUUUCGAUUCAACUGUCUAGUCUAGAAAUGCUGCAACAAAAUUCACAUUGGAAUGGGAUUGUUAAGGGUUGCUAUUUUCAUUUUACCAAAAAUAUUUGGAAAAGAAUAAAAAAGUUAGGUUUAGUUCGAGAUUGUAAAAAAGAAGAAAUUAGACGAGAAAUAGCUAAUAUAAUGUCAUCGGCAUUGUUACCUACGAAUGAACUUAAUAAUUCAAUGGAAUUAAUUAUUGAUACAUUAAGUAAUACAGAUGAUAAAUACAUAAAAUUAACUGAUUAUGUAAUAACAACAUAUAUUUCUGGAAAAUUUGAUAUCCAAUUUUGGAAUUUAUAUGAUACCAUUGGUGUACGUCCACGUACUAAUAAUCAUGUUGAAGGAUCAUGA